UGUGACUUCUCACCAGGUGAUUUGGUUUGGGCCAAGAUGGAGGGUUACCCCUGGUGGCCUUGCCUGGUUUACAACCACCCCUUUGAUGGAACAUUCAUCCGUGAGAAAGGGAAAUCAGUCCGCGUUCAUGUACAGUUUUUUGAUGACAGCCCAACAAGGGGCUGGGUUAGCAAAAGGCUGUUAAAGCCAUAUACAGGUUCAAAAUCGAAGGAAGCCCAGAAGGGAGGUCAUUUUUACAGUGCAAAGCCUGAAAUACUCAGAGCAAUGCAACGUGCAGAUGAAGCCUUGAAUAAAGACAAGAUUAAGAGGCUUGAAUUGGCAGUGUGUGAUGAGCCAUCAGAGGCAGAAGAGGAGGAAGAGAUGGAGGUAGGUGCGACUUAUGCAUCAGAUAAGAGUGAAGAAGAUAAUGAAAUUGAGAGUGAAGAGGAGGUACAACCUAAGGUACAAGGAUCUAGGCGAAGUAGCCGCCAAAUAAAAAAACGAAGAGUGAUAUCAGACUCUGAGAGUGACAUCGGUGGCUCUGAUGUGGAGUUCAAGCCAGAUGCUAAGGAGGAUGGAAGCAGUGAUGAGAUAAGCAGCGGAGUGGGGGAUAGUGAGAGUGAAGGACUGGACAGCCCUGUCAAAGUUGCUCGAAAGCGGAAGAGAAUGGUGACUGGAAAUGGCUCUCUUAAAAAGAAAAGUUCAAGGAAGGAAAUGUCCUCAGCCACCAAACGAGCAACUGGCAUUUUGUCAGAAACCAAGAGUACUUUGAGUGCUUUUUCUGCCCCUCAAAAUUCUGAAUCCCAAGCAAACGUUAGUGGAGGAGGUGAUGACAGUAGUCGCCCCGCUGUCUGGUAUCAUGAAACUUUGGAAUGGCUUAAAAAGGAAAAGAGACGAGAUGAGCACCGGAGGCGGCCUGAUCACCCAGAUUUUGACGCAUCCACACUGUAUGUGCCUGAAGAUUUCCUUAAUUCUUGUACUCCUGGGAUGAGGAAGUGGUGGCAGAUUAAGUCUCAGAACUUUGAUCUUGUCAUCUUUUAUAAGGUAGGGAAGUUCUAUGAACUCUACCACAUGGAUGCUCUUAUUGGAGUCAGUGAACUGGGGUUGGUAUUCAUGAAAGGCAACUGGGCCCAUUCUGGUUUUCCUGAAAUUGCAUUUGGCCGAUAUUCAGACUCCCUGGUACAGAAGGGCUACAAAGUAGCACGAGUGGAACAGACUGAGACCCCGGAAAUGAUGGAGGCACGAUGCCGAAAGAUGGCACAUAUAUCUAAGCAUGAUAGAGUGGUGAGGAGGGAGAUCUGUAGGAUUAUUACCAAGGGUACACAGACCUACAGUGUGCUGGAAGGUGACCCCUCUGAGAACUACAGUAGGUAUCUUCUUAGCCUCAAAGAAAAAGAGGAAGAUUCUUCUGGCCACAAUCGUGUGUAUGGUGUGUGCUUUGUUGAUACUUCAUUGGGAAAGUUUUAUGUAGGUCAGUUUUCAGAUGAUCGCCAUUGUUCCAGAUUUAGGACUCUAGUGGCACACUAUCCUCCGGUACAAGUCUUGUUUGAGAAAGGAAAUCUCUCAAUGGAAACAAAGACAAUUCUGAAGGGUUCAUUAUCCUGUUCUCUUCAGGAAGGUCUGAUACCAGGCUCCCAAUUUUGGGAUGCAGCCAAAACUUUGAGAACGCUCCUUGAAGAAGGAUAUUUUAUGGAAAAGCUGAAUGAGGACAGUGGGGUGAUGUUACCCCAGGUGCUUAAAGAGAUGACCUCAGAGUCCGAUUCCAUUGGGUUGACACCAGGAGAGAAGAGUGAACUGGCCCUCUCUGCUCUAGGUGGUUGUGUUUUUUACCUCAAAAAAUGCCUUAUUGAUCAAGAGCUUUUAUCAAUGGCUAAUUUUGAAGAAUAUAUUCCCUUGGAUUCUGACAUGGUCAGUACUACAAGACCUGGUGCUGUCUUCACUAAAGCCAAUCAACGAAUGGUGCUAGAUGCAGUGACAUUAAACAACUUGGAGAUUUUUCUGAAUAGCACUAAUGGCUCUACUGAAGGGACCCUGCUAGAGAGGAUUGAUACUUGCUAUACUCCCUUUGGUAAACGGCUCCUAAAGCAAUGGCUUUGUGCGCCACUCUGUAGCCCUUACGCUAUCAAUGAUCGUCUAGAUGCCAUAGAAGACCUCAUGGUUGUGCCUGACAAAAUCUCUGAAGUUGUAGACCUUCUAAAGAAACUUCCAGAUCUUGAGAGGCUACUGAGUAAAAUUCAUAAUGUUGGGUCUCCCCUGAAGAGCCAGAACCACCCAGAUAGCAGAGCUGUAAUGUAUGAAGAAACUACAUACAGCAAAAAAAAGAUUAUUGAUUUUCUUUCUGCUCUGGAAGGAUUCAAAGUAAUGUGCAAAAUUAUAGAGAUUAUGGAAGAAGUCAUUGAUGAUUUUAAGUCUAAAAUCCUUAGGCAGAUUGUUACACUGCAGACAAAAAAUCCUGAAGGCCAUUUUCCUGAUUUGACUACAGAACUGAACCGAUGGGAUACAGCCUUUGACCAUGAAAAGGCUCGAAAGACUGGACUGAUUACUCCCAAAGCAGGAUUUGACUCUGAUUAUGACCAAGCUCUUGCUGACAUAAGAGAAAAUGAGCAGAGCCUCCUGGAAUACUUAGAGACACAGCGCAAUAGAAUUGGCUGUAGGACCAUAGUCUAUUGGGGAAUUGGCAGGAACCGUUACCAGUUGGAAAUUCCAGAGAAUUUCACCACCCGUAAUUUGCCAGAAGAGUAUGAGUUGAAAUCAACUAAGAAGGGCUGUAAACGAUAUUGGACCAAAACUAUUGAGAAGAAGUUGGCUAAUCUGAUAAAUGCUGAAGAACGGAGAGAUGUAUCAUUGAAGGACUGCAUGCGGCGACUGUUCUAUAACUUUGAUAAAAAUUACAAGGACUGGCAGUCUGCAGUAGAGUGUAUGGCAGUGUUGGAUGUCUUAUUGUGCCUGACUAACUAUAGUCGAGGGGGUGACGGUCCUAUGUGUCGUCCCGUAAUUCUGUUGCCAGGAGAAGAUAUUCUCCCCUUCUUAGAGCUUAAAGGAUCACGCCAUCCCUGCAUUACAAAGACCUUUUUUGGAGAUGAUUUUAUUCCUAAUGACAUUCUAAUAGGCUGUGAGGAAGAAGAGGAAGAAACUAGCAAAGCCUAUUGUGUGCUCGUUACUGGACCGAAUAUGGGGGGCAAGUCUACACUCAUGAGACAGGCUGGUCUAUUAGCUGUAAUGGCCCAGAUGGGUUGUUAUGUACCUGCUGAAGGGUGUAGGCUGACGCCCAUUGACAGAGUGUUUACUAGACUCGGUGCCUCUGAUAGAAUAAUGACAGGUGAAAGUACAUUCUUUGUUGAACUGAGUGAAACUGCCAGCAUACUUAUGCAUGCAACAGCACAUUCACUGGUACUUGUCGAUGAAUUAGGAAGAGGUACUGCAACAUUUGAUGGGACAGCAAUAGCAAAUGCAGUUGUUAAAGAACUUGCUGAGACUAUAAAGUGUCGUACGUUGUUUUCUACCCAUUACCAUUCAUUAGUAGAAGAUUAUUCUCAAAAUGUUGCUGUGCGCCUAGGACAUAUGGCAUGCAUGGUAGAAAAUGAAUGUGAAGACCCCAGCCAGGAGACUAUUACCUUCCUCUAUAAAUUCAUUAAAGGAGCUUGUCCUAAGAGCUAUGGCUUUAAUGCAGCAAGGCUUGCUAAUCUUCCAGAGGAAGUUAUUCAGAAGGGACACAGAAAAGCAAGAGAAUUUGAGAAGAUGAAUCAGUCACUACGAUUAUUUCGGGAAGUUUGCCUGGCUAGUGAAAGGUCGACUGUAGAUGCUGAAGCUGUCCAUAAGUUGCUGACUUUAAUUAAGGAAUUAUAGACUACGUUGGAAGCUUUGAGUUGACUUUUGACAAAGGUGGUAAAUUCAGACAACAUUAUGAUCUAAUAAACUUUAUUUUUUAAAAAUGA